AUGUCACACACUGUUAGUCCUCCAGAAAGCCACAUGGACCACAGCGCCUGGAGCCAAACUGGCGCCAUCCACUUCCUGGGCACAGGCAGGCAAGAGAACACCAGCUCUAUUUAUAACUUCUUAUGUGGAGUGUUUUCAAAUGAGGCUGAUAAGAUAAGACAGCAGCAGGAAAAAGGUAGAAAAAGAAAGACAGAUGCAGAAGCAGCAAUAGUUAAGCAAAACCAGACGGAUUUAACUCUGAAUGUCUCACCUGCUAAACUGAAGAACAAUCCUUGUGAAACUCUUGAAAAUGCUCAAAAUUGUGAGGCGGAGCUCAGCCACUACUUCAUCAAUAAUGACCUGCAUCAAAGACUGGAAGAGGAUUUUUUCAAACAAUCAUGCAUUAGUUUGGCAAAAGCAUUCCUUGGCAAGGUGUUGGUCCGCAGGUGUGCAGAUGGCACUGAGCUGAGGGGGAGAAUAGUGGAAACUGAAGCGUACCUUGGAGGGGAGGAUAAAGCUUCACACUCAGCAGGAGGCAAACGCACCGAGAGGAACACAGCCAUGUUCAUGAAGCCUGGCACGAUCUAUGUCUAUCUAAUCUAUGGCAUCUACCUCUGUAUGAACGUGUCUAGUGAAGGGGAGGGGGCUGCCGUGCUGCUGCGCUCCCUGGAGCCCCUGCAGGGUCAGCCCACCAUGAGGCAGCUGAGGGCAUCCAGACGCAGAGAGGGAGCCCGACUACUGAAGGACAAAGAGCUCUGCAAUGGGCCCUCCAAGCUGUGCCAGGCUCUAAAUAUACCCCGCUGUUUCGACCGUCGAAACCUAGCUGCAGACUCAGAGGUUUGGCUGGAGAAGGACCCCAACAUAAAUCCAGCAGAACCCAAUGACAUAGUAUCAGCACCACGCAUUGGAAUUGAGUCCCAUGGGGAAUGGGCCAAGAAGCCCUGGCGUUUUUAUCUCCGUGGGCACCCGUGUGUUAGCGUAGUGAAUAAAGAAGCAGAAAGGCAGUCAGUGUCUGGAAAUGUAACGAGCAAUUUGGCUCCCUCAGAAGUGCAGUCUCACACAGGACAGCACAAUGUCAAAAAGGCGUGACUACUCUGCCAUCUGUUACCUUUGUGGACUUCACCACAUAGGCGGUAUAACAACUCAACAAGAAAGUCAAGAUGGUAAAACAACCUCCAUGACUGGUUGACUGAACAAAUUCAAAUAUAAGAACGUCUUUUUUGGUGCUCCAUCAGUGUUUUUAAUAAACAUUCAUACUUUG